UUGUAUUCGUGGUGAAGUUUUAUAUACACGUGUGUUGCACAACUGUAAAAACUUAUCGAAAAUUCAUUUUUUCUGACAAGAUGGAUUUGAUUCCAUCACUUCAACCGAGUGUUACUAAUUAUAUCCUGUGUUGCCAAUGUGGUGUCCAGAUUGAGCCCAACCCAUCUAACAUGUGCGUGGCCUGUCUGAGGUCAGAGGUCGACAUUUCAGAGGGCAUUCCAAAGUCAGCUGUGCUCUACUUCUGUCGAAAAUGUGAACGGUAUCUGCAGCCCCCUGAUCAUUGGGUGACAGCUCCCCUGGAGUCAAGGGAACUACUGUCUAUCUGCCUGAAGCGACUCAAGGGACUCAGUAAGGUUCGACUGAUAGAUGCUGGGUUUGUAUGGACUGAGCCCCACAGUAUGCGUAUCAAGGUGAAGCUCACUGUACAGAAAGAGGUGAUGAACGGCGCGGUGUUACAGCAGGUAUUCAUUGUGGAGUUCACAAUCACCAAUCAGCAGUGUGAGGCGUGUCACAGGGUCGAGGCCAAGGACUACUGGAGGGCCAAUGUGCAGAUCAGGCAGAAGGCUGAGCACAAGAAGACGUUCUUCUACCUGGAGCAGCUGAUUCUGAAGCACAAGGCACAUGCCAACACCAUCAACAUCAAGCCAUGCCAUGAUGGUCUAGACUUCUUCUACACCAAGAAGGACCAGGCAAGGAAGAUGGUCGAAUUCCUAACAUCAGUUGUCCCCUGCAAGAGUCAAUAUGCCCAGGAGCUUAUCUCCCAUGAUGUGCGCAACAACGUGUUUAACUACAAACACAGUUACUCUGUUACCAUUGUGCCUGUAUGUAAGGACAAUGUGGUGUGCCUCCCCAAGGAGUUGGCUGCCAAGAUGGGUCACAUCAACCCAAUCUGUGUCGUCUUCAAGGUCACCCAGCUCAUACACCUCAUUGACCCAAACACUCUGCAAGUUGCGGAGGUGUCAGGCCCUGUGUUCUGGCGCUCCCCCUUUGUAAGCCUGUGCUCACCCAAACAGCUGGUGGAGUACAUGGUGAUGGACCUGCAGCUAGUGCCAGACAAGGAGAAACCAGUCAUCCUGGGACAGGUCUCGCAUAAGCAUGUGUUGGCUGACCUGUGGGUUUCCAAGAUGAGUGACCUUGGAGUGACUGACCAGCAGUAUUUCUGUCGUACCCACCUGGGGCACCAGUUACACUGUGGAGACACUGUCCUUGGGUUUGACAUGGAGAAUGCAAAUAUGAAUAAUGAGAAUAUAGAGAAGUUGAAGAAGGACAAACUGCCUGAUGUGGUGAUUGUGAAGAAGGUGUAUGCAGACAAGAAGAUGCGAGACAGACGCAGGAAGUGGAAGCUUAGACACCUCAAUGAUGAGCUACACAACUUGGAGACAGACUCGGCCAUGAAUGAUUACACAGACUUUUUGGAAGAUUUGGAGGAAGACCCCUCAAUUAGACAGAAUGUCAAUAUCUAUAAAGACAGUAGCAAGAUGCCUGUAGAUGUUGAUGAGGCAGAGGAAGCCGGCGUCCCUCAGAUCAGCCUCCAGGAGAUGCUUGAUGACCUUCACCUUGGGGACGACGCCACUGGAGACGAUGGGGAUCCCAUGAUGGACUGAGUCCAGGGACAUAAACAGGACAGUCACCAGUCAGGAGACAGUGUUCUGUUGAGCUCCAUAAUAAAAUGUUUGUGUGUAUUUCAAAGUUUAUUGACAGGUCCCGCUAUGUCUUCACUACUGCAUCUAUGGACACCUUCAUGUAAUGUAAAGUUGUACUCUUAAACAAGGUGUUUGAGGGCCACUGAAGUUAGUUUUACUUUUUCAUGAGGUAAAUCUUCAGGUCAGUGAUUAAGGCGUUUUGAGGUUAUUUGUAUACUUCCGAAAAACGAAAUUUGACAUCAGGUAUAUAAGAGUUGCACUGUCGUUCUGUCUGCAUGAAAAGCUCAAAGUUUGUGGAAUGAAUUGCUUCCACAUUUUUAAUUAAUAAAUAAUUCUUGUACGUUAUAGUUUGUUGUUGAAUAACCCACGGCUGUAAGUUUAGAUGCAUAGGGAUUAAAUCAGGAGUGCAAAGAACGAGUGAUUUGAAACAACGCAUCUAAACUUCCGUGGGUUAUUCGACAACAAACUAUAACGUACAUGAAUUAUUUAGAUUCUAAUACGGUUUUUACUUAAGAUUUAUACAAUGUAUCUUAUUUUUAUGCCCCCCUUCGAAGAAGAGGGGGUAUAUUGCUUUGCACAUGUGGGUCUGUCGGUCGGUCCGUCCACCAGGUGGUUUCCGGAUGAUAACUCAAGAACGCUUGGGCCUAGGAUCAUGAAACUUCAUAGGUACAUUGAUCAUGACUCGCAGAUGACCCCUAUAGAUUUUGAGGUCACUAGGUCAAAGGUCAAGGUCACGGUGACCCGAAAUAGUAAAAUGGUUUCCGGAUGGUAACUCAAGAACGCUUAGGCCUAGGAUCAUGAAACUUGAUAGGUAGAUUGAUCAUGACUCGCAGAUGACCCCUAUUGAUUUUCAGGUCACUUGGUCAAAGGUCAAGGUCACAGUGACCCGAAAUAGUAAAAUGGUUUCCGGAUGAUAACUCAAGAACACUUAGGCCUAGGAUCAUGAAACUUGAUAGGUAGAUUGAUCAUGACUCGCAGAUGACCCCUAUUGAUUUUCAGGUCACUAGGUCAAAGGUCAAGGUCACAGUGACCUGAAAUAGUAAAAUGGUUUCCGGAUGAUAACUCGAGAACGCUUAUGCCUAGGAUCAUGAAACUUCGUAGGUAGAUUGAUAAUGGCUGGCAGAUGACCCCUAUUGAUUUUCAGGUCACUAGGUCAAAGGUCAAGGUCACAGUGACCCAAAAUAGUAAAAGGGUUUCCGGAUGAUAACUCAAGAAUGAUUAUGGCUAGGAUCAUGAAACUUCAUAGGUAUAUUGAUCAAUACUGGCAGAUGACCCCUAUUGAUUUUCAGGUCACUAGGACAAAGGUCAAGGGCACAGUGACAAAAAACAUAUUCACACAAUGGCUGUUACUACAACGGAGAGCCCACAUGGGGGGCAUGCAUGUUUUACAAACAGCCCUUGUUCUUGUGUACUAUUUUAUGUGAAGUUCCGACCAUAAAAAUUACUUACGGCUGUUCUGUCAAUCAGAUCCCCGCCCUUCUGACUUUCAUUUAUAAAAUACCGGAUUAUUACGCUGGUGGAAAAUGUAUCGGCAUGUUUUGUUUAGUUAAAGCACAUGCUUUCAGUGUAAAAGCUCCGCCGAUAAUUAUUGCAGAAUAAACCAUAGACAAUUUU